AUCCAAAACAUGGAUCCAACGGAUAUCCAAUCAGACUUGAAGGACAAGUUGUUUGGAGCACGUAAGAACUGCUCCACACCAUCCGGCUCAACAAUGGAAGCUGUUGGCAACAAGCAUUAUGACGUCGUGGUGAUCGGCGCUGGAAUUGCUGGUCUGUCCGCCGUCCGCCAUCUGCUCCUGAAGAUCCCCGAGCUGAGAGCCAACCGCGUUGCUGUGAUCGACCCCCGCAGCAGCAUCAGGAACAACCUGCUCGAGGACUACAAGGUCGGCGAGUCGACCGUCGAGAUCUCGGGCAUGUUCUUUGCCCGCGAGCUCGAGCUCCAGGACUACCUGAUCGAGAACCAGCCACCCAAGUUCUCGCUCCAGUUCCACUGGCCCAAGAAGGUGGACAAGACCGACUCGAUGGACGACUACCACAGCACCUGGGCCGUCAAGAACCCCGACAUCCAGGCGUUCCAGCUCAACCGCUCCAAGAUGGAGAAGGACCUGCUGCAGAUGGUCAUCGACCAAGGUGCCGUCUACUACCACGGCCGUGUGAAGGACGUCGACAUUGGCAUGGGCGACGCCGUCAAGACCAUCGACAUCCAGAUGCUCUCGGAGGAGGUCAACUUUGACGAUCAGAAGCCGCUGGAGAGGAUCAACAUCACCACCGACUACAUCGCCGACGCCAGUGGCCGUAACUUUAUCAUUGGCACGCGUACCGACAAUGUGCUCAAGGACCCCAAGCAUCUGUUUGGUCUGCAGAACGCUUCUACAUGGCUGCGUGUCAAGAACACCGACAAGAAGUACUUUGACUUCAACGAUCAGAGCGUGACUUCCAGUUGGUACUAUGCCACAAACCACUUCUUCGGCCCAGGCUACUGGAUCUGGAUGAUCCCCAUCGAGCGUGCUACCCACGACUUCUCCAUCGGUGUCUCCUAUCACCGUGACAAGUAUGAUCCAAGUGAGUUCAACAGCUUGGACAAGUUCAUGGCCUUCCUUGAGACCAACCAGAAGGUACUGUACAACAUCAUCAAGAGUGGUGAGAUUGUUGACUUCCAUAGAUGGCCGAGAUUGGCACACACUUCAAAGGUGUUUGUGUCUGAGGACAACUGGUGUGUGCUCGGUGAUGCCGCUGCAAUCUUUGAUCCAUUCUACUCAACUGGAAUGGUGAUGAUUGCCAUGGAGGUCGAGUGUCUGACCGAGUUGACCAAGUACCGUCUGAGUGGCGACAAGUGCGCCACAAAGACCCGUCAGCAAGCCUACGACAAGUUGAUCCGCGCCAUCACUCAGACCAACUGCCAUCUGAUCAAGAAGCACUCUGACCAUCUGGGCAAUGCAUCGAUCAUGUCAUGGCGUAUCUACCUCGAGUCGCUCUCCUACUUUGGUAUCUUGCUGCCGGCCUACAUUGGCAAGUACCAUUUGUGUCCCAUCUUUGGCCACGAGUUUGCCGACAACAACUGGCGUCUGAUCGAGUUCCGCGACCGCCUGCUCAACCUGAUGGACUACAUCGGCCAGCAGGGCCAGAACGUCGGCUUCAUGGACAACCAUCGCGGUGGCCAGCUGAUCGGAUCGUUCUGCCCCACUUCGUCCUGGGACUAUGAGCACUGCAUCUCAAUGUGCAUGUACGGCCACAAGCGUCUCAACCUGCACAAGUACAUGAUCUGGACACACUUCUACCAGAUGGCUGGUGUGAUCAAGAUGUUGUACCGCGCAUUUGGUGCUCGUCUGCUGCUGAAUGGUGACUUCCAGUGGAUGAUGACGCACACGAUGAAGACCAUGGGCUUCCACUCGGUCAAGUCCUGGGUACACUACCUGUCCAACAUUAGCAAUCCAGUGACCGACGACUACUACGACAGGAACCAGAUCUCCUUCAAGGAGUACCAGUACACUGGAGAAGCCGUGCCUUGGGAGUCAUCA